AGGGUCUCCAUUGCGGGCGGGCGCCUGUCAGGAUCUGAGCGAGUGGCCGCCCUCAGGUGGCUGCAAAGCCGGAGCCGGGCCACCUCGCCGCGUCAUGGCGCCCACCUUGGCCACUGCCCAUCGGCGCCGCUGGUGGAUGGCCUGCACGGCGGUGCUGGAAAACCUCCUCUUCUCGGCAGUCCUCCUGGGCUGGGGCUCGCUGCUCAUCAUGCUCAAGUCAGAGGGCUUUUACUCCUACCUGUGUACUGAGCCAGGUUUCUCUCCCUCUGCACACACAGUGAAUGUCACCAACGGCACAGGGGGAGGCACAGCAGAGCAAGAGGAAGAGGUGAGCUGGAUGAAUGGUUGGCUUAGCUGCAAGGCCCAGGAUGAGAUGCUAAACUUGGCCUUCACCGUGGGCUCCUUCCUGCUCAGUGCCAUCACCCUGCCCCUGGGCAUCGUCAUGGACAAGUAUGGCCCAAGGAAGCUCAGGCUGCUGGGCAGUGCCUGCUUUGCUGUCUCCUGCUUGCUGAUUGCAUAUGGAGCAAGUAACCCAAACUCUCUCUCUGUGCUCAUCUUCAUCUCCCUGUCUCUCAAUGGCUUUGGUGGGAUGUGCAUGACUUUCACCUCAUUAACACUGCCCAACAUGUUUGGUGACCUUCGAUCCACGUUUAUUGCCUUGAUGAUUGGAUCCUAUGCCUCCUCAGCAGUCACCUUCCCAGGAAUCAAGGUCAUCUAUGACUUUGGGGCCUCCUUCAUCAUCAUCCUCGUGGUCUGGGCCGGCUGCUCUGGGCUGGUUUUCCUCAACUGCUUCUUUAACUGGCCCCUGGAGCCCUUCCCAGGGCCAGAAGACAUGGACUACUCGGUGAAGAUCAAGUUCAGUUGGCUGGGCUUUGACCACAAGAUCACAGGGAAGCAGUUCUACAAGCAGGUGACUACAGUGGGGCGCCGCCUCAGUGUGGGCAGUUCCAUGAGGAGUACCAAGGAACAAGCAGCACUGCAGGAGGGCCACAAGCUCUGCCUGUCCACCGUCGACCUAGAGGUGAAGUGCCAGCCAGACGCCGCAGCAGCCCCCUCCUUCAUGCAGAGUAUAUUCAGCCCCAUCCUGCUGCUCAGCCUCGUCACCAUGUGCAUCACGCAGCUGCGGCUCAUCUUCUACAUGGGCGCCAUGAACAACAUCCUCAAAUUCCUGGUCAGCGGUGACCAGGACAAAGUUGGCCUCUACACCUCCAUCUUCGGUGCGCUCCAGCUGCUCUGCCUGCUGACGGCCCCCAUCAUCGGCUGCAUCAUGGACUGGAGAAUGAAGGAAUGUGAAGAUGCCUCUGAGGGGCCUGAGGAGGGAGACGCCAACCAAGGCGAGAAGAAGAAGCGGGACCGGCAGAUCCAGAAGGUCACCAACGCCAUGCGGGCUUUUGCCUUCACAAAUGUGCUGCUCGUAGGCUUUGGGGUGACAUGCCUCAUUCCCAACCUGCCUUUACAGAUCCUCUCCUUCAUCCUGCAUACAAUUGUGCGGGGAUUCAUCCACUCAGCCAUUGGAGGCCUGUACGCUGCCGUGUACCCCUCCACCCAGUUUGGCAGCCUCACAGGACUGCAGUCUCUAGUCAGUGCACUCUUCGCUCUCCUGCAGCAGCCCCUGUUUCUCGCCAUGAUGGGUCCCCUCCAAGGAGAUCCACUGUGGGUGAACGUGGGGCUGCUCGCCAUGAGCAUGCUGGGGUUCUGCCUGCCCCUCUACCUCAUCUGCUACCGGCGCCAGCUGGAGAGGCAGCUGCAGCAGAAGAAGGAAGACGAGAAGCUUUUCCUCAAGCUCAACGGCUCAUCCAACCAGGAGGCUUUUGUGUAAUGCCCACCACCUCAGAACUAUGGCCUCCUGCCCUUGCUUCAGUGACUCACCAAUGUCCUCCUCCCUACCCCAGAGGACCUCCAUGCACCCCCAGGAAUCUCUCCUUCACCAUGUUGGAGUCCAUGCUCCCUCCUGGGGCUUGGUCCUGCCUUGGAGCUCUGCUGUGAAGGACAGGAGAGGGCCUGGACAUGUGAUUUUCCUACUGCUGGAAGCAGGGGCUGCCCAGGGCUUUGCUCUACCUUUGAGGGACCCUAGAGCCUUGAGGCUUCAUGGUACGUGAAAGAGGAGCCAGGAGGACCCCUGACAGUCAGGCUGUCUCCCUCAAGUAUCUGGAUUCUGCCUCUUGCCAAAGCAGAGGGAUCUGCCAUUUACUGCAUGCCCACCAACCACGCCUGCCUGAGGACAAAGGCUUGCACUGUCUGCACCCCCCUCGCCUGGCCCCUCAUCUCCUCCCCUGGUCAGUCUGAGGCUGCCUAAGGAAGGAAGAACCUGCUUCCUGUUGUUGGUGCUAACUCCUUUUGUAAUUCCAGCCCCCUGUGACCUGUCCAUGGCCUGUCCUCUUAUUAGAGGCCUUUGGAGAAGAAGUUCCCUGGCUUAAAGCCUGGGGAGGGGCUGGAGGGCUGGAUGGCCACAUGAGGCUCAGGAGCCAGGGACAAAGGACCUCAGAACUUAAGCGGAGAGCAAGUUUCUACUGCCACCCUUCAUCCAGUCUGUGACCUGAAGGAAAUUAAAGGGGUACCAACA